CAAGUGGGCAGCUCAGCCGCUGUGUCAUCCAUGUCAACCAUGAACCAGCUCGUGCUUCCCCAUAUAUACGUCAUGCGCAAAACUCUUCCACACCUCACCUCACCAGCAUUAUACACACACCACAUGCACGCGGUUCUUCGAGCGCAUAUGCAUUCUUGUUGUUGGCUGCACACCUCAGCCUCUCCUCAGCUCCGGCAGCUCCGGUCGGUCCGAGUGGCGGCGCAAGCAGUGGCUAUAGCUAGGCAGCUAGCUGCUACCUGCCUCGUCCGCGCGCGGAUCAAUUGGUGGCAUGGCGGUUGGCCUGCCCCCGGGGUACCGCUUCUACCCGACGGAAGAGGAGCUGAUAUGCUUCUACCUCCGCAACAAGCUGGACAACCUCCGCGACGACAUCGAACGCGUUAUCCCCGUCGUGGACGUCUACUCCGUCGACCCCUGCCAGCUCCCAGGGAUUCACGAGCUGCUGUGCGACGGCGGCGCCGGCGCCGGUGAGGGGGAGCCGUGGUUCUACUUCUGCCCGCGGCAGGAGCGGGAGGCGCGGGGCGGGCGGCCCAGCCGGACGACGCCGUCGGGGUACUGGAAGGCCGCGGGCACGCCCGGGGCCGUCUACUCCGCCGACCGCCGCGCCAUCGGGGUGAAGAAGACCAUGGUGUUCUAUUACGGCCGCGCGCCGUCGGGGACCAAGACCAAGUGGAAGAUGAACGAGUACAGGGCGUUCCAGUUCGAAACCCCCGGCCCUGGCCUCGGCCUCGCCGCCGCUGGAGUCGCAGCUGACGGGUCGUCGUCUUCGAGCGCCCACCACGCCGCCGAUGGACCCGCACCACCACCAAACGUUGGCCCGCAGCUGAGGGGCGAGUUUAGCCUGUGUCGACUCUACACCAAAUCUGGGAGCCUGAGACAGUUUGACCGGCGGCCGCUCGCAGCUACGGGAGGUGUCGUCGUCCCUGGCGAGGACCCGGCGGGUCCAUUCACGGCAGUGGCCGCGUCGCCGCCGGACGAUGAUGAUGGCUCCGGCAGCUCCAUGCAACAGCAGCAGCAGCAGCUGACGGGGGGAGGUGCCAACAACGAUCCAUACGGUGACGGCGUGGUGACGGAGAGGGAAGACGCCCACGAUCCUUUCGGUGACGACGUGGCCAUGUUGGAUGCCCUUUUAUACUGGCCUGGAGACUAGAAGUCGUGCACUUGCAAGACUACUCAUUUCCUCAACUCAAAACGUGCUCCAAAUUUGGAGAGGCGGUAGACGAUAUGUAUCAAGUAGUAGCUGAUGGUUUCAAUUUACCACUUACCAUUUUAUUUAAUUUGGUGCAGGAACAAGCUAGGCUAAUUCAGGCCGCCUGACCGUUUGGACAUGUAAUCGUUCGUUGCAUUAUUAACAGUUUACAGUUUUGCGAUGUU